UUGUUGUUUACUGGGAUCAUUACUUUGAUACCCUUGUUAGUUUGACUCAUAAGCUAGUCAUGGAUAUCCCUUGUUAAUAAACCUGAAGAUUGAAUUUAUUUAUUUCAUGAAAAUUAUUUCGUGAGUGUUGUGUUCCACCUAAGUGGCCUAACACCCCGAAAUAGUUUAUCUGAUUUCUCUAUUGUCAAGUGUCGUGCUAUUUAGUUUCUUGGCUUUGUUAUUUUCGUCAAGAUUAUGAUUCCUUUUUCUUUCUUUUUUCUUUUAUUUUUUUGGGGUUAUAUCUAUGUCUCUAUUGUUCUAAUGAAUGUGCUACAUCUGCUUUAUGGCCGGUCGUUAUGGAGGCUUUGGCUUUGGAGAUGUCUGGUGCUACUUCUUGGAAAGUUUUUGCAGGAAACGGUUCUUGCUCCUGCAACUCUUUUACCUUACAUAAUACUGGUUGCGCAUCAUUCCCUUGAUUUUUAUUGUAAGGGGACACCAUGGGAGUGUGUUCUGCUCAUAUGAGGCAUACUAAGAGGAGAUUAAGUCAUCUUAAUGAUGGAGCAAGUUCCUUGUAGUAGGAGGAACAACAAAUAUAAUUUUAAAGGUUAUACCGCCAAAACAUUUGUUGAAGACCCCAAUAAAAUUAUACCGCCAAAAACAUUGGACAUUAGGUGGAGGCCCCAAUAAAAUUUCGUAGGUGGAAGCUAAGGUUUGGUUGGGUGAAAAUUACCAAGAUUCACCUAUGUCGUACAACCUCCUAAAAUAUUAUUCACUCAAUUCUCCAUUUUAUUAUGAUGUUUUUGUUUGGAAAUUUUAACAAUUCACAUUUUAAAGGUAUUUUAAAAAUUAUUCCCAAUUUACAUAUGAAAAGAAAGUUGUAUAUUCUUGAGGUUGUUUGUUUCAUAUUAAUGAGUGCUUUAAUUUUUUUUUUUUUUUUUUUUAAAUUUAGUAAUAUAUAAUUCGAGAUAGUACUGGUCGAAUAGAUAUUUGCGCAGUCAAAGUAGAAACAUAUACUUGUAUAUAUAUUAAAAUUAAAAAAAAUUCAUAUUUAAAAUUGACAUAAUUUUCUUAUAAAGUCGUUCAUGUUCUGUUGCUCUACUUUUCUUUCUUCCUAUGAAGGGCAUGCAUUAUCUUUUUUUUUUUAAUUAUUUUUUUAUUAUUGUUCUUACAAUUUCUCUUACCUUUCUUUUUUACGAUACCCACUAUUUUACAAGGGAGCCCCAUUAUCUCAAUAUGAGAUACAAAGCUUGUAUCUCAAAAUGGCAAAUAUGUAAAUAAAAGGAACUUUAUGAAUGUAUAAUUUUUUAUGUACAAAAUUUCUGGGUUUGGUCUUCUUCAACCGACAAUUUGCUCCAUUUUCGUUCCCCUCCAUUUUCAUAUCUUUCUUCCUCCUUUUCCCUUUUCCCAAUUAUCUUGCUUCAUCUCGUAAACCACCAACGUUCACCGUUAUAUUUCCAAAGAUUUUGCCGUCAAAUUAAACGAAAAUCCUAAAAAAAAUGGAGAAAAUUAAGGGUUUGGCCCGAAGGGUAUGCGUAUAAGUGUUGUUUUCCUCCAUUGAAGUCGAUUGUCGAUUGUCGAGUUCCAUUUCACCAUUGAAGCUUUUUGUUCCUCCAUUGAUGCUCUUCUGAUUUUGCUUGAAUAGAAUGAUAUUCUAGACAAUUAUACAAUUUUAACCCUAUCUUACUAGUUAAAAUGACAAAUAUACCCCUUUGAGAUACAUAUCAUCUUGUAUCGUAAAAAAAUUUCUAUAAAUAUGAUAAAAUUGUACCCUACUACCUUUAGCUAAUAGCUAUGACAAAAUAUUAAUCUGCUACUCAAUAUUGACAAAAGAUCGGUUUUUGAAGAAAUAUAUUCAGCUAGGUUUUUUUUUUUUUUUUUUGACAUUGGACUAGGGUUAAGGUGAGAGCCAGGAUAAUGGCCAUGGUACGAUGUUAAAGAUGAAGGAUAAGCAUCUGAAUUGGAUUCCAAUUGUUCUAUUUAUUAUAUAUAUAUAUACAAAAUACUAACAAUUUGAUAACCUGUUUUUAUGAUUAACCUUCUAAAGUUAAUAAAAACUGCCAUUAGUAUUUUACAAGUAUGUUUCCCGUACAUAUUUACCGAUCACUCUGAAAACCUUUCUUAGUGGCCACCAAACAAGCCUUAACUUCGAUAACAUUAGUGUAUGUUUUGCCUACGUACAUAAACAUUUGAAAAUUAGGCAAAAACUUUCUAGAAAAUGUAAAAACUAACCUACACCAAUUAAAAUAAUAUUUUUCUUAUUUGCUAGGUCAUUAAGACUUAUUGAAGAAACUGCAACCGCGUUAACAUUAUGAUUUUUUUAGCCACGAUUUUCCCAAAACCAAAUUAAAUAUUUUUUUUCCAAAAAAAAGAAGCCAGCUGUUCAUAAUCUUCCACAAGUCUUUGAUGCUCCACUAUAUAUCGCUCUCUUCAACCCUAAGUAAUCAAAAACCUCUUCAAACACGUUUGUUUAAAAAAUAAAAAUAAAAGUCCAUAUUUUCACACAUCUUGUGUCAUCACACAAAGUGCCAAGCAGUCGUAUCCCUUGUCCUCAUCCCUGCAGCCAAACUCGCAGCAGCAGCCGUCGUGUCCGGUUGCUGCUGCAUUCACCUGCCGCUUGGGGAGUCUUGGGACUGUUGCUGCUGCAUUCACCUGCCGCUAGGAAAAUCUUUUUGUAGGCUUUACGCGCACCUUUAGUGUUGGUGAUAGUAAGAAGUUAAGCAUGGGAAAAACGCUGGAUGCAUUGCUAGGAAGAAGCUUUAAGGCUUCCAAAUUCAAAACCCUUGUAAACCUUGCCAUAUCUAGGCUUUCUGUCCUUAAGAACCAGAAGCGAGCGCGAUGUUCCAUUGCACGCUCUGAUGUCGUUCAACUCCUCCAAAUUUCUGAACACGAGCGUGCUCUCAUCAGGGUUGAACAAGUGAUCAAGGAGCAAAAUAUGUUGGAUGUGUUUGCCAUGAUUGAGAGUUAUUGCAUUCUUUUGAGUGAGAGGGUCAAACUUAUUGAAGAUGAAAAAACCUGCCCUGAAGAGCUUCAAGAGGCUAUAUCAAGCCUGAUUUUUGCAGCAUCAAGGUGCGGAGAAUUACCAGAACUACAGGAGAUACGCUAUAUUUUUUCAUCCCGUUAUGGCAAAGAGUUCACCCUUCGCGCUACUGAAUUACGUAACAGAUGUGGUGUCAACCUCAAGAUCAUCCAGAAACUAUCAACUAGGCAGCCAAGUUUGGAAAGUAGAAUGAAGUUGCUGAAAGAAAUAGCUGAUGAAAAUGGCGUCAGUUUGCAGCUAGAGGCUACUUCAAUGGCAGCAGAGGUAAAUAAAGAAGAGGACAAUCGUUGUGCUAAAAACCAAUCAGCUAGUUCAGGAGUUAAUUUUGGAGAUGAUAGGAAGGACUACCCUGAAGAAAUGUGCAGAGUUGGGGAUUUAAGUCUUUCAUUGAAUAGGGGAAAACAAUAUAAAGAUGUAGCAGAAGCUGCCCAAGAAGCUUUUUUGUCAGCAGCGUAUGCAGCUUCUGCAGCAAGAGCUGCUGUGGAUCUCUCUAGGUCUAGUUCUGGUGGACCACCAGAUGAUCUCAAUCAUCCAAGUAAUAAACAGAGAAAGCAAGUCAUGGAUUCAAAUAGUGAAGUAAAAUCAAGAACUGUUAAUAGUCAGAAAAAUAAUUCACGGGAACUUGAAGACUCUGUUUUACGGCAUGAAGAGGUUUAUCCAUUCGACAAAUACAGCCUCAAUUCUGACGAAGAGGAAAUCUGUCAAAGCGACCAGAUGAUUAACAUCAAGCAAGUAGAUCCGAGAAGUAUAGCAGAGCAGAACCUGAAGUUCAGUGAGAACAUUGGCGAAGAUGUAGCUAAGAGUGAGACCUAUUCACUUGAAGACAAAGAUGAAAAGGAAAAAAGAGAAACCAAGCUGCUUUACUAUUCUCCUAAACGAACAGCUACUAAUAUUCAAGCUAAUUCCGGGAAAGAUAGCAAGGAACACAUUUCUGCAGGAAUGGCUGUGAAGAGUUCACAGAGAUUGAAUACAGUGAAUAGGCCUGUUUCUGUGAGGACCAGAAGAUAGCAUUGAUACCUUUAUAUGCUAUUGAAGUUAUCUCUAGAUGAGCAAGAAGAAUAUCUGAGUUAAAUUGUUUUUUAAGCCUCCUUUUUUUUUUAAUUCUACUCUGCAGAAAGUAUAUAGAGGCAAUAGUAAAUGUAUUUAUGCUUAUAAAAACUGAAACGUAGCCUUAUUCUGGAAAAGAAAUUUGUUAACUGAGAUCGAGUAA